AUGACAGAACAGGACAAAUCGUAUUUUUGGAGAACAGUCAAGAUCAACCACCCGGCGGCUCAGCUUCGGCAACUCCCCGUUGCGCCCUCUGUCCGCUUUCCGCAGGUCCAGGCCCGUUUCCCGCCCGAAAGCAGCGUCCGGCGCCGCGUCCGCGAGGAGCGCCAGCAGGCCGUCAAGCAAGCCUUUUCGAAAGCAUGGGCCUCGUACCGCGAGCACGCCUGGCUCGCCGACGAGCUUACGCCGGGAUCAGGGGGCCGCCGGAACACGUUUGGAGGCUGGGCCGCGACUCUUGUGGACUCCCUCGACACGCUGUGGAUCAUGGACAUGAAGGACGAGUUUUCUGACGCCGCGGCGGCCGCCGCGACGAUCGACUUCACAAAAACCGACUUGGACGAAAUCAACGUCUUCGAGACCAACAUUCGAUACCUUGGUGGUUUCCUCUCGGCUUUCGACCUGAGCGGUGACAUCCGCCUGCUCCGCAAGGCGGCCGAGGUUGGCGAGAUGCUGUACAAGGCAUUCGACACGCCGAACCGCAUGCCCAUCACCCGGUGGAAGGUCGGUGAUGCCGCAAAGGGCGAGCCGCAGAAAGUUGGCAACGGCGAGCUAGUUGCUGAAAUCGGAAGCCUGUCCAUGGAGUUCACCCGCCUGUCGAUCCUAACGGGAGACCCGAAAUGGUGGGACGCGACGCAGCGCAUCAUGGAGAUAUUUGAAGCGCAGCAGAACAAGACCAACCUGCCCGGGCUGUGGCCUCUCGUGGUGAAUCCAGAGAAAGAGGUGUUUUACGAGGGCGACGACUUCACCCUCGGUGCCAUGGCCGACUCCCUCUACGAAUACCUCCCCAAAAUGUCCGCCCUCGUUGGCGGCCGUAGUCCAAUGUACAAGACCAUGUACGAGACAGCCAUCGCCCCGGCUAUCGAGCACAACCUAUUCCGCCCCAUGACGCCUGGAAAGGAAGACAUCCUAAUCGCAGGCCAGGCGCACUCCCGUAAAUCGGGCAUCGAGCACGAGCCUCAGGGCCAGCACCUCGUCUGCUUCAUGGGCGGGCUGAUGGCCCUCGGCGGGAAGCUCUUCAACCAUCCAGACCAGCUCGCCCUCGCGCGGAAGCUCGUGGACGGAUGCAUCUACACCUACCGCGUCUUCCCGCACGGAAUCAUGCCCGAGACGUUCUACAUGGUUCCCUGCCCGACCAAGGAGGAGUGCGAGUGGGACGAGAGCCUAUGGAAGAAUCACGUGCUCCAGCGCGCGCAGAAGGGCUCAGACGACGACGACGAGCGGUCGGCCGACGAGGUCAUCCGUCAGGAGCGCCUUGUCAAGGGAUUCUCCGCCGUCCCGGAUAGGAGGUACAUCCUGCGUCCCGAAGCGAUCGAGAGCGUCUUCGUCAUGUACCGCGCCACGGCGGACGAGGCGCUGCUCGAGGCCGCGUGGGACAUGUGGACGGCCAUCGACAACGCGACGACCACGGACUUGGCCAACACGGCGGUCUGGGACGUCACGGCGGAGGGGAGGCCGCCGGCGGCCGACUCGAUGGAAUCGUUCUGGAUGGGGGAGACGUUGAAGUACUUUUACCUCAUCUUUAGCGAGCCGGGUCUGGUGAGUUUGGACGAGUUUGUGUUCAACACGGAGGCGCACCCCUUCAGGCGGUGGAAGUAA